CAGUUUCUCUCUCUAAAAAACCACUCCACUCCCUCCUUUCUCUCUCUUCAAUUCCGAGAAGUGAGAAGCCAACACCGCAAUGUCAAAUCGCGGCGGUCCAACCGGUGGUCGCGGCGGCGGAGGCCGCGGCCGUGGAAGAGCAAACCCCGGCGGUCCCGCCAGAGGGGCGUAUUCUCCAGCUUCUGCGCCUUCUCCGGCGUAUGCUCCAGCUCCGGCACCGCCGGCUCACACUGAGCGGCCUGCUGUAGCGACGCCGAGCGUGUCUCCAACUCCGGCUCCGGUAGCCAGCUCAUCCUCAUCGUCAGCUGCAUCGCUGGCGAGUGAGAUGGACAAGAAGCUCACAUUAGCUGCGGUGGAGCUACCUCCGUCGUCGGACAAGGCUGUGAGGUUUCCGGCGAGGCCGCAGUUUGGUACCGUCGGUAAGAGAAUUCAAGUCCGAGCCAAUCACUUUUUGGUGGAUAUUGCAGAGAGAGAUCUGCAUCACUAUGAUGUUUCAAUCAGCCCUGAAGUCGCAUCGAAGAAGACGAACAGAGAUAUUAUCAGUCAGCUGGUUAAGAUGUACGCUGAGUCUCACAUGGGGAAGAGGAUGCCAGCAUAUGACGGCAUGAAGAGUAUCUAUACUGCUGGUUCACUUCCCUUUACUUCAAAAGAGUUUAUGGUCAAGCUACCUGAGAGAGAAGGCCGAGCUGGACCUGCAACAAAGAGGAAAGAUAGAGAGUUCAAGGUCUCUAUUAAAUUGGCAAACAAGCCUGACCUGUAUCAAUUACAGCAGUUCUUACUGAGGAAACACCACGAAACACCACAAGAGACUAUCCAAGUUCUUGAUGUUGUUCUCAGAGCUGCACCGUCUCUGAAAUACUGUGUUGUUGGUAGGUCUUUUUUUGACCCUGAUCUGGGUCGCAAAGGUGAGCUUGGUUCUGGCUUGGAAUACUGGAGAGGCUUUUACCAAAGCCUAAGGCCCACUCAGUUUGGUCUAUCACUGAACAUUGAUAUCUCAGCAAGGGCUUUUUAUGAGCCUAUUCUGGUGACAGAGUUUGUCAAGAAACAUUUUGGCUACAAUGAUCUCUCAAGGGGUCUAUCAGAUCGUGAUUGCCUUAAGCUGAAGAAAAACCUGAAAGGAAUUAAGGUUACACUGAGCAGUGGUGGUGGCAGGAGUUAUCGAAUUACCGGGGUCACUUUACAGCCACUAAGCAAGUUGACGUUCACUCUGGAGGAUAAUCAAACCAAAUUAUUUGUGGUUCAAUAUUAUCAUGAGAAGUACGGUAUUAACCUAACACAGGUGGCUCUGCCUGCCCUUCAAUCUGGAAAUGAUUCAAGACCUGUGUAUCUUCCCAUGGAGCUGUGUUUAAUUGUACCAGGGCAGAGAUACACAAGGAGACUUAGUGAAAACCAAGUAACAAACAUGCUGAGAGCAACUUGCCAACGACCAAUGGAAAGGGAAUCCAAUAUUCAGCAGAUGGUGAAGCGAAAUAAUUACAACGGAGAGCGUCUUGUAAACAAUGAAUUUGGAAUAAAAGUGAAUGAACAAAUGGCACUGGUGGAUGCUAGAGUAUUACCAUCUCCAAUGCUAAAGUACCAUCAAUCAAUGGAUACUCCCAAGAUGGGUGCAUGGAACAUGAUUAACAAGAAAAUGGUUAAUGGUGCCAAUAUCGAUUUCUGGGCGUAUGUCAAUUUCUCUAGACUUCGUCCCGACUUUAAUGACUGCUUUCUUAAUGAUCUCAUCAAUAUGUGCGGCAGUAAAGGAAUUGUAUUCAAUCCCGAGCCUCUAGUCCCAGUACAGUCUGCUCAUCCUAGCAAAAUUGAGAGGGUUCUCAGAGAUAUCCACAAGCAGUCUGUCCAGAGACUAAAUGAGAUGGGACAAAGCAGCAAACAUCUUCAGUUGUUGAUCAUCAUUUUGCCUGAUGUCAAAGGAUCUUAUGGUCCCAUUAAAACAAUCUGUGAAACAGAGCUUGGAAUUGUUUCCCAGUGCUGUAACCCUAAGCAAGCACAGAAGCUUAAUAAGCAGUACCUUGAAAAUCUGUCUCUUAAAAUUAAUGUUAAGGUUGGUGGCAGAAACACUGUCUUAAAUGAUGCCAUUCUGAGGAGGAUUCCUCUCGUCAGUGAUCGUCCUACAAUCAUCAUUGGUGCUGAUGUCACACAUCCACAAGCGGGGGAAGACAGUAGUCCAUCCAUAGCAGCAGUCGUUGCCUCAAUGGACUGGCCUGAGGUCUCUAAGUAUAGAGGAAUCUUGUCGGCACAGAAUCAUCGUCAAGAAAUCAUCCAAGAUCUUUACAAACAAACUCACGAUGAAAAGCGAGGCCUGGUUCAUUCUGGAAUGAUCAGGGAACUUUUCAUUGCAUUCAGAAGAUCGACUGGCCAGAAGCCACACAGAAUCAUCUUCUAUAGGGAUGGGGUUAGUGAGGGUCAGUUUAGCCAAGUUCUGCUCUAUGAGAUGGAUGCGAUACGGAAGGCCUGUGCUUCUUUGGAGGAGGGGUAUUUGCCACCUGUUACUUUUAUUGUGGUGCAGAAAAGGCAUCAUACUCGUCUCUUCCCUGUUGACAGAAAUACAGAUCGGAGUGGGAACAUUCAACCAGGUACUGUGGUGGAUACCAAAAUAUGCCAUCCAACAGAAUUUGAUUUCUACCUCAAUAGCCAUGCUGGAAUUCAGGGAACAAGUCGCCCAACACAUUAUCAUGUACUGUUUGAUGAGAACAAGUUCACUGCUGAUCAGUUGCAGACUCUCACCAACAAUCUGUGCUACACAUAUGCAAGGUGCACCCGCUCAGUUUCCAUAGUACCUCCGGCCUAUUAUGCCCAUCUUGCUGCAUUCAGAGCACGCUAUUACAUUGAGGGCGAUAAUUCAGAUGGUGCUUCAGUUGGCAGAGGCAGCGGGGGUAGUGCUGCACAGAGCCAGGUUCUUCCGGCUGUGCAUGAGUUUGUCAAGGAUGUGAUGUUUUUCUGUUGAAUCAGAGUUGAGAGAAAGAACAGAUCAACCUCUUUUGUGCAGUUGCGUUUUUGGGAUUAGGCGCACUUUUGUUACUAGUAGGCCUCGAUACAAAUUCAGUUUAGUUUACACCAGACAAUCUAAUCUAAUUAGCGGAUGUGGCUAAAUGUAAAUUCAUUGUAGUUGGGGCAGCUAGAGAAGUACUUUUGGUCAGUUGCAUGACCUUGUCAUCAACUAACAAUGUCUUUCGGAUAUGAAAUCUUUUUUUAAAUGCAA